AUGACUCAGGCGUCUACAGGGAAGCUGAUCAAGAGAAACCUUGCGCUUCUUCUGGGCUACAAGGGUACAAAGUACCAUGGGUUACAGAUCUCUGCCCAAGGCCUCCCCACCAUCCAGGGUGAAAUCUUCAACUCGUUCUACACGGCAGGGAUGAUUUCCGACUCCAACAAGGAUGACUCGCAGAAGCUGAAAUGGAGCUCUUCCAGCAGGACAGACAAGGGCGUCCACACGAGCUUCUGCGUCUGCUCCUUCAAGCUGCUCAUGGAUGAGACUCCGCAGUACCGCGUCAGCCCUGCGGAGAUACAGAGGUGGAAUACCUUCUUGCCAGGAGACAUCAGAAUACUGCAGGCGUUCAGGCUGUCUAAGAACGCCAGGAUCAACAACAUGUGCACACAGAGGGAGUACGAGUAUCUGGUCCCCUUCAACGUCCUCAAUGGAAGACCGGUCUCGGAGCUGAAGCGUCUGCUGAAGGCUUUCGAAGGGACCCAUCGGUUCCAUAACUUCAGCGGGGCGCUGUUUCGUGAGAAGAAUCAGAAAAGCUGCGGUGGAGAGGACGGGGCGGAAUCCAAUGGAGAGGAAGACAACGCGGACGGAGACGGCGGGAGGAAGAGAAGUGCAGAUGCUGCGGGGUUGGAAGCGAAGGAGACGCGAUGGAAGGGCUUGAGGGCAAAGUAUCAUGAGGCCUUCGCGAGCCGGGAUUGGAAAUGGCCUGUUACGGACGAAACUAGAAUGAACAGGCAGGAAUACGUGCGAACCAUAUACAGCGUGGAGGUGGAUGAUCAACCCAUCCGGAUCAAGGAUGAGAUCGAUCAGGCGGAGACGGAUUUCUACGUCAUCAGGUUGAAGGGAGUUUCUUUCGCGAUGCAUCAGAUCAGAAAGAUGGUCUUGGAGAUCGCCUUAUCGUCGCAUUUCUUGGUGUCAGUUCCUUUGGCACCUCCUGAACCUCUCAUCCUCGUUGGAGCAAGCUUCUGGGAUGCCAAGACAGAAUCUUACAAGUUGGAAGUAUCGGAAGAGGAAAUGCAGUCAAGUCGAAAGUACAAGGAAGAACACUUAUACCCUCACGUUGCUGCGACGUUGAAGACGAAGAAGACGUACAUCAAAGACAGGAAGUCAGGAGACAAGAUUGAAGAGCUUCCCUAUGACAACUUCCUCUCGCAUUCAGCCAGCGUUGUGUCGUCAGGGUCGAACGGCUUGAGCUGGGAUGUGUUGAUCGAAGAGAGCAACGCAUGGGAGAAGCUCCGAGAAGAGAUUUUCUCCGAGCACGUGAAGCAGGCCAAGGAGAAGUUCAAGGACGACAACCUGCAAAUGAACAAAGAGCUGCCGGCAGGCCUCAUCACGGCGAUCUGUGUGCGAUAUCGGAUUGUUCCCGGACCAAAACUCUCCUUGCUGAAACGGCAGCUGUUCCGCGCAGUGGACGAGAAGAAGCUCACGCAAUCCUCCGGGAAUGCCUACGGCACGAGAGUCUCCUACGAGGAUGUCUUCGCCUACAUCGACAGCAACGGGCUCAUGCAAGCCGAGGGUUCUUGA